AUGAUCAAUUUAGUGAAUUCAAAUUUAUCAAAAAUUGAAUUUAAAACAGCUAUUGCUAUGGCUAAGCUUAAAAAAAGACAUUUCACAAUGUUAUGGAAUCUCGAAAGAUCCUUCUUCGCAAAAAAUCGUAUUAAUCAAGCAACCGCAAUAUUGUUGGAAAUUGGAAAUGCACAAAUUGAUAAACUCAUCUCGGAAAGACAGCGAAUAUAUGAAGAUACUUUAGAAUGGUUCGAAUGGAUACCUCAUAAUAAUUUGAAAGAAAUCAAAUACAUCGGUAAAGAUAAAUUAGAUAACGAAAUAAUGAAAGCAAUUUGGGUUCCUGGCAAAGUAAUUGCCACGUUCAGAGAAGAAAUUAAUAGAGAACCAAACACUUUGGUCGAGUUAACCACCUGUGUAAAUUAUGAAAAUAUAAUCCAAAAGCUUGAAGAAAAGUGGUCGCAUAAAUUUGGAAUCACACAAGUCCCGUUCACUAAAAAUUUUUUAGUGGUACAUAGCCGAGGAUAUUGUGAGAUAAAUCAUACAGAAUGGAACCCAAAUUUACGAAUAUGUGUUAACUGUGAUAUUCCUUCUUGGACGAGUGGUGAUGCACAAAUUGAUAAAUUUAUCUUGGAAAGACAACGAAUAUCUAAAGAUGCUUCACAAUGGUUCGAAUGGAUCCCCUACAAUGACUUGAGCGAAAUUGAAUUUGUUUCUCAUAAAGAAUUUUUCAAAUUGUCAUUGGCCAUAUGGGAAAAUGGAAGGGUGAUAUAUUGCGACAAAAUGACUGGAGAUUUUGAAAGAAAAAAGGGAAUUCAUGUACAAUUAAAUAUAUAUUCAAAUAUAGAAGAAUUAAUUAAAAAGGAUUCCGAUAAAAAUUGUCCUCAAACUUAUGGGAUCUCAAAGGAUACUUUUACUCAAGGAUUUAUUUUAGUCCAACAACUAGAGCAUUGCUAUAAAUGUCGACAAAUGUUGAAUAUUGAAUAUUUAAUGUGUCCUCAAUGUGACUUGCCCUCAUGGUCCAGUGGCAACACUAAAGUCGAUCAAAUUAUAUUAAAUAAUCAGCAAAUUCUAUCUUCGGAAUGGUGGCUUGAAUGGAUUCCUUACAAUCAAUUUAUUGAAAUUGAACCUAUUGGAGAAGGUGGUUUCGCCAAAGUUUAUAAAGCUAAGUGGGAAAUAGGUUAUGUAUUAACAAUUAAUUGGAGUGCCAAAACAUUUGAAAGAAACAGUAAGACAAUAGUUGCGCUUAAAGAGAUUCUUAAUUCAAGUGAUGCUGAUAUGAAUCUUAUUAAUGAG